CUAAUUAAGCCAGCUUGUCAUUUACUAACUUGCUUAUUCAUUUAUUUACUUACUAACUUACUAACCAAAUAAAAUAUAACGAAUUUCUUUACUUACUCAUCACAACACAACUAAAAUACUAACGAAGCCAUAGUUUUUUACCAUCCUUUCUCCUCCAUAUUUAUUUAAUUCGUUAUUUAUUCUUAUAUUUCAAGAUACAAUAAUAUUGGUGCAGAGGGUGCAAAAGAUUUAGGCACAGGAAUAGCCUAGUGCAAGAAUAUCACAACUUUGACGCUUUCUUUAUACUAAUUAAGCCAGCUUGUCAUUUACUAACUUGCUUAUUCAUUUAUUUACUUACUAACUUACUAACCAAAUAAAAUAUAACGAAUUUCUUUACUUACUCAUCACAACACAACUAUAAUUCUAACGAAAGCCAUAGUUUUUUACCAUCCUUUCUCCUCCAUAUUUAUUUAAUUCGUUAUUUAUUCUUAUAUUUCAAGACAAAAUAAAAUUGGUGCAAAGGGUGCAAAAGAUUUAGGCACAGGAAUAGCCUAGUGCAAGAAUAUCACAACUUUGACGCUUAACUUAGA